AUGUCACCCGCGCUUCACCCCGUGUCCCCUUUUCAACUCACAGUUCACCCGUUUCCAUCUCCAACUCAUAACUCCUGCGCCUACGAAAGGGGUCCCUCCUCGGCCAAAAACGCCCUAGUUUUUAUCGGCGGACUCACCACCGGCCCGCAUGCGACGAACCUCACCGUCCUAGCAAAGGCCCUAGAACAGUCCGCCUUAGACUACUCACUCUGGGAAUUCCACAUGCGGAGCUCGUACUCUGGUUUCGGAUACUCCAGUAUUGCCAACGAUGUCGAGGAUACAGCUGCGCUGGUGAAGUAUCUCCGCGGCAUUGGCAAGGAUAAAAUCGUCCUGAUGGGCGCAUCGACUGGCUGCCAGGACUGCCUCGAAUACACCGACCGCAACAAGUACCAGACGCCUCCAGUGGACGGCUACAUCCUCACCAGCCCAGUCUCAGACCGCGAGUCUAUCGUCCUAUUCAUGUCCCCCGAGGAAUCCGCCAAGAGCCUCCAGGUGGCUAAGGACAUGAUCGCGGACGGCCGAAAAGACGAACCAAUGCCAAAGCAACACCUCCCGUUCGUCUUCACGACGCCAGUCACCGCCUACAGAUGGCACUCGCUCGCCGCCAAAGGCGGCGACGAAGAUUACCUCUCCUCGGACCUCCCCCCCCGCCACCCUCGCGGCGACGUUCGGCCGGCUCGACAAGCCCGUGCUGAUCCUGCCCGCGGGCGACGACGAGAUGGUGCCGCCCGGGGUGGACAGGCAGGCACUGCUGGAGAGUUGGGUGGCGGCGUGCAGGCCCGGCGUGGUCAGCGACUUGUCGGGGUUUGUGCCGGGCGCGGAUCAUGCGCUGGCGAACGCUGGGGCGUGGGAGUGGGUGGCGCGGAGGGUGGAGGGGUUUUUGGAGGGGGUUUGAGAUGGAAGGUGGAGGGACAGAGGUGGGGAGGGAGGGGGAUAUGUCACGUGUGCGAAGAUACUUUGGAGUGGUGGGGAUGGCUGGCCGGCAACUCGUCUUCACACGGCAGCUCCUCCAUCCUAGGCCCCUCCCUCAACAAACACGUACAGGAUCCGCCACGGCGCCGGCUGAUCCAGUAA